AAACUCGCCCUGUAAGUCUCCACCUGACCACUAGAUGGCGAUGUCCGACAACUCGGAACCCUCCAGUGCUAAUCAUCGCACAAUAGCCACAAUGCACCUGUCUUCAGAUCCAAAGGACAGGUGGAACACGCUCCCUGUCCACCAUCACACCCGGAAGGCUGCUUUGGCUGCUGGUAGGUACCCGAUUAGCCAAUGGAAAAGUACCAUAAGUAGUCCACUGCCUCCUCCUUUAUCCAAAUCACCCCCACUCCCCCUCCCUGUACUGUAAUUGCUAUGUUUGGGUCUACCCCGUGUCCCCUCCGCUCACCCACUGUCUUGUCCUCCCGGAGAGAGGCGGGGAGCGCUCACACAGCCUCUCAGCACCACCGGUCUCAGCUCUGCUGGUGCGUCCCGUUGCGCACAGCACAGCACAGCACAGUUUCCAACAGUGCACACUUCACAAAGCGCGCUCCGGAUUUCUCCAAACCUCGGGGGCGGCCGGUGGGAAAGAUAACAACAACUUUACGAGUCAAUAUGUUUCAUGUCUGGAUGACAGAUGAUCGGUGACAGGAAGAUUCGGGGGAGUUGAGGCAAAGCAGGGACACACGGACGAGUCUUUGCUCCCCCCCCCCCCCCCAUCCGAGCAGUUUGCGCAAGGUGAUAACAGCAGAGGCUUCUGUUGUGGCUGCUUUACCGGACGGCCACAUUACAUGGAUUUGUCCAGUAGUUGUCACUUAUGAUGUCACCUAUUACCCUUUGAGUUGCUACUUCAGUCAGUGGAUCAUUUUGAGAGCGACAGGAUGAAUUCGCAGACCGGGGCAGUUCUGCAGAAACAGACGCUCCUGUGGCUCGCUAUAGCAGUCUCUCAGUGUGUGUCGGUGCUGGGGUGCUCACCCCACUAUGAAUACGCCAUUGAGGAGUUCUGCCUGGCCAAAUUCAGGCUGGACAUGCAAGAGCUGGACCAGAGACGCUGGUGUAGCUGGGAGGACACUGUCGAACUCUACGGUGAGCUGACAAACUGCACGUACCUGGUUGCGCUGAAGAUGGAGUGCUUCUGGCCCAACCGGCAGGUGGAUGAAUUCUUCAUCGGAGUACAUAAGCACUACUUCCACGACUGCUCGCUGUCUGGACGUCUCCUAAGGGACCCACCCAACCGCAUCCUGGGUCCCUUCAUUGUGGUACCCAUCCUGGUCACCCUCCUCAUGACUGCCCUGGUGGUGUGGAGGAGCAAACGCAGCGAGGGGAUUGUUUAGUGACGGGAAGGGAAGGAGGGGGGGCAAGGUCACUCAAGACAAGAGGUACUUUUUGUCCCUAAGGUUGCUCCAUAUUCACCCUCAGUGACCAAAGGAUCUCUUUUCCUGAGUGCUGGUGUUUUGGGAAGGGGUGUCAGUUGGUCCAGAAUCACCAUAUUACGGACCUUAAAGAGGAGCUACAGGAGAUAAACUUAAAGCUGGAUCCUUCUUCAGAGAUGCUUAAAAGCAUCAAUUCUCAUGAUGACAGUCGAGCAAGCACUGAACCAGGACAGUGACUGGUGGAAAGAUAUUGUAAAUGUAAAAAAAAAAAAAUCACUUUUAUUGACAGAAACUUCUUCAAAGAAUCUUGGAUGUGCCGAUAAUGCCACCACGCAUACAAGGAGCUAACAGCUAUUUUUGGAGACCAUAAAAAUAACUGUCACCUAUUAUACAGCAAACAGCAACACAGGAAUAAAACGAAGUGCUGAACUUUCCCCAGGAGACCAGUUUACACUAUGACAAGGAUACAACAAGGAAGUUACUCAGACCUCUGUUAGGGAACCCAGGGAUUUCAGAUUUUAUUCUGUAAAUAUAUGAAUAUGAGAUUAAUCUGUCAGUGGACUGUCCGAAUAUCUUUGUAACGCAAUCAAAAAGCAAACCAUCGUAUUCUAAAUUAAUUUCUCUCAGAUAUAAAUUUGUUUCCAUGUCAUGCGAAGAUACCUGAUUUUUAACAGAUGUGUGUUAUAUACUAAAUAUAUACUCUGUAUCUUGCAAAAAUGGCUUACUGUCACACUGUCAAGCUACAGUGGGAGUAGAACGUGUCUGUUUUUAGUUUUCAUUUCCUUUCCCCUGCUCAUAUGAGACUCUUGGCAUACCUGCAGCUAAAUCUCUGUCCUGACGAGGAAACAAAUAUCGUAUAUGUAUAAGCCAGCUGGAAAAUUGCAGGAGAUAACGAUGUCACAGCCUGAAGAUCGGCCAAUGUGCGGCGCAGGUGAAAGUCAGCACAACACAGAGGGCUGCGGUCACUGCACUGGGGUUAAGGCCUCAAUUAGGACUGGCUGUGAUGAUGUUGUGUUCUGCAGCUUCCACCCUCCAUCCAUCACCAAGGAAACUAAAAUGAAGAAAUGCCAGCAGACACACACUGGUGAAACUGUUUCAGGAUGAAGGCUUUUAGAGCCAAGAAACACAGGCAGAUGUUUGGGGACUGGAAACUGUUAAUUAACCAAAAAAGUCUCACAACCUGCCCAAUUUUUCUUCCAUAAACACCCCUGUUAUCCAUGUUUUUGCUGUGUGGAGAGACACUGUCCCAACAAUUACGCAUAUUGAUUGCAUCCAAUUGAUUCAGUUAUGUGGAAACGUUAAAAAAGAAUGAAAAAGAACAAAGAGUAAAAAUUCACAGUGGAGAAAUCACAAUUCUAACUACAGAGAGAACAUAAAGCAAUGUAUUAAGUUAGCCAACGCACAUCUCUGCUAAACGUUGCCAUCGCCUAAAGCACAGUUUGUGUAUUGUGGACCUUAGGUUUCUAUUGAUUUAUGAUCUCCCAGUGUGGUAGAGUGUGCCGUGUGAACUGUUUCCUCAUUGAUAUUUUUGAAUGCCCUCCAUCCUCUAUAGGUCCAUUGAGCUGUAACCUGCCUGUCAGCAAAACACACACACCCACACUUCCGCAACAUGAUCUUGCUUUGUACUUUGUGCCAAAAGCUCUUGGAAAGUAGAAGAAGGCGGUGUUUGCUAUUUUGUUGGAGUGACUUCUAAUGAUUGAAUUUUAAAAUCUAUGAUCAUGAAGAAAAGUUAAAUAAAAUGUC